AUGGACAUCACCGCCUUUACCGUGGGCAACCGCGACGCCGCCCUGCUCAUCGCCGACUACAACGCAUACCGCAAGCAACUCUCGCGACAACUGCUCGCUCUGCGCAAGCGUCUGGGCCGCUCUACCAACAAGGGCCAAAAGUACUCCAACAAGUCGACCGUCACCGCCGAAGAUGUCGCCCAGAACCCUCAGUACCACUAG